GCGCUGGCGGUCGCAGUCGCUAUUGCGUUCUUUACGGGCGUGCUAGCCUACCGCCGCACGGAAGAGGAGCGCUUCGAGUACGAGCGCGAGCGGCGCCGCGAGAUGUGGGAGCUCGACAACUUUCCCGAAGGCGAGAAGGAAGAGAUGGUCCAGCUCUACGCCGCCAAAGGCAUGUCCAUCCCGGACGCGACCGCGGUCAUCGAUCUCAUGUCGAAAUACGAACACUUCUUCGUCGACAUUAUGAUGAUCGAGGAGCUGAGUCUCUUGCCGCCUAGCACCGUCAUUAGCUCGCGCUUCGUCGGGCUGAUGACGUGCGCGGGUGGCCUCGUCCUGGGCCUCGUUCCGCUCUUGCUGUUGCACGCGAGCCACUCUCUCGUCCAUGUGCACCAAGCUCUCUCUGCGUGGGGCUUGAUGACGACCCUCGUGGCGACGAGCGCGGCACUGCUACGUGUCUACACGUUUACGGGCGCCGAGCACACCAAGACGUACGCAUGCGGACGGCUCACGGUGCAAUUGCCCUACGCGAUCGAGACCUUUGGAGGUACCUUUGCUGCCAUGGGCGGGGCGGCCUGCGUGGCCGCAGUCAUCUGCCGCCUAACGUCAUAAUGCAUCUAUCGCCUGAACUGUUGGUUGGGAUGAUGCCGGUGCGACCCGCGACUCGAAUGGAGCCUGUAGUCUUCUCUGAAAGGCCUUUCAUCUCUUG